CAAGAUUUACUAUAUCUGAAAAACAAAGUGACAAUUUUAUUAAUAAUGAUAAAUUUACUACUAUGUUCAAUUAUAUAAUUCAUGAUAUAUCCUCUGACAAACAAAAGUCUACUAAAAACACUGUAGAUUUAAUUAAAGAUAUUGAAUCUAUCUCUAAUCGAGUUGGUCAUGUUAAAAUCAAUAAUACAGUUGCUCUUUUUGUAGAACAAUUAAAAAACAAAUAUCUAUUAUUACAAGACAAUAUUAAAGAUCCUAUUAUUGCAAAAACAAAAGAAAGGCCAAGUAAUACUAAACGCAAAAAGAUAG